UAUGGUUGCAUUUGCAUUCAUCCCAGUGGAGAUGAGAGAGGAGUUGGUGGCUGGAGUGGAAUACAUUAAGACGCUGAUGAACAGGUGGCAUAAGCUAGAUCCGGUGAUGGUUGGGCUGUUCGGAGAAAAGUUGGCUGAGAUACUGUGCCGUAAGUACACAGGGCACUGGUACCCGGAGAAGCCAAUGAAUGGCCAAGCCUAUAGGUGUAUCAGGAUGAAUAGAUAUGACAGGGAUGAGAGCAUUCUGGUAGCCUGUUCUCAGAGUGGCCUAAAAUACCAGGAACUGACCUUACCUAAAGAGAUAACUGUGUGGAUUGACCCUUAUGAAGUGUCCUGUCGGCUGGGAGAAGAAGGCUACCCAUACACAGUGGCCAAGUUUGACCAAAGUGAAGAUCGUGUCCCAGCAGCUUCCAAACCCUUGGAAGAGCAAGAACAAGUCUCUUCUUCUAGCAAAUGCUCAACUCCCACCCCAGAUGAGGACAGUUCCACCUGGAGCUCCUCCAUCCCAUCCAGCCCAAGCAUUACUGGAGAAGACAGUGACAGUGGGAUCGAUGCAAGCUCUGAAGAUGCCAUCGCAACUCUUUUUCCAUAUCGUCCUAUUGAAGAUAAUGUCUGGUGGCACCCUUCUGUGGAACCAGUGACUCCGGCCUCCCCACCCCUUUUCAGAACCUCAUCAGCUCUCUGGAUCCCUGCCUGGAGGACUACACAGUUUUAUGACAUCAGCAGAGACCUUCAGCAGACCAUCUGGUUGUAG